AUGCAUCCACGACCCACCUCUUUCACUCAGCUUUCUCUUAUUGCCUCGAGUGGUAAAUUUGCCGCUAUUGGGAGUAGAAUUACAAGCAAGCGAGUUGCUAAAAUGCUAGAGGACUGCUUUCCCUGCUCAUAUAUCUUGGUUGACAAGCAUCCAUUUCGUCAUGAUCCCUCUCAUAUUGUAACCCAUAGAAUCCAAAGUAGCAUUGUUGAAUUUUCCGAUUGUUUAUGUAAAGCUGGCCUUCCCUGCAUGAGCAAAGAAUGGAGCACUUACCUUCAAACGUUAAAUGUGAUGGUUUCGAGGGAGUUGUCAUUUCAAAUUUAUGCCAGAGACUUCUUGACUGAACCUCAAGUUGCAAGCGUGAUAUCCAAAGCACUUUCAGCUGAGUCUGCUCUUUUCAUUGGGAACAGUAUGGCGAUACGUGAUGCAGAUAUGUACGGAUGUGGUUGGUCAGGUUGUAGUCAUAAUAUUGCAUCCAUGAUUUCAAAAUUACAACUACCCUGUCAUAUGAUUCGGGUGGCUGGGAAUAGGGGUGCCAGUGGUAUUGAUGGGUUACUCAGCACAGCUGUUGGCUUUGCUGUUGGAUGCAAUAAACGGGUGCUUUGCGUGAUUGGGGAUGUUUCUUUCCUCCACGAUACAAAUGGCUUGGCAAUUGUGAACCAGAGGACAUUGCGGAAACCAAUGACGAUAGUUGUGAUCAAUAAUCAUGGUGGUGCAAUAUUCAGUCUCCUUCCUAUAGCGGAUAGAGUUGAGCCAAGCAUACUAAAUCAAUACUUCUACACCUCUCACAAUGUUUCAAUGCACAACCUGUGUGUGGCACAUGGUGUGAUGCAUCUACAUGUGAAGACAAAGGUGGAGCUGGAAGAUGCAUUAUUGACAUCUCAAGAUAAAGAGGUGGAUUGUGUCAUUGAAGUUGAGGGCUGCAUAGAUGCCAAUGCCACCUUUCACAGUACUUUAAGAAAGUUUGCGUGCCAAGCAGCAGAUCAUGCGUUGAGCCCCUCCUCAAAGAUUUCUGUUCAAGACUCACCAGCUGAUGGCACUUUACUUUAUAGAGUCCAUAGAAUGGAGUAUUCAGUAUUUAGUAUACCACUCUGUGCUCCUCCUACUAUGGUUUCUGUUGAUGAUAAUGAAACCAGCUUCUACAGAGAAGGGUUUAUUUUAACUUUGUAUCUUGAGGAUGGAAGCAUUGGGUUUGGCGAGGUUUCGCCUCUCGAUAUCCACAGAGAAAGCCUGCUAGAUGUAGAAGAGCAACUGAGGUUACUUGUUCAUAUGAUGGAAGGAGCUAAGAUUAGUUGCUUCCUUCCUCUGCUAAAGGGCUCUUUUUCUUCUUGGAUAUGGACCAACCUGGGAAUACUGCCAUGCACGCUCUUGCCUAGUGUUAGAUGUGGUUUGGAAAUGGCAAUUCUCAAUGCAUUAGCGACAAGGCAAGGUUCCAACUUAUUAGGCCUACUCCAUCCCUUGAAAGCUGAAGUAGGUAUAUCUGAAAGGCCGAUGACAGUUCAGAUUUGUGCCCUAGUUGAUUCCAAUAGAACGCCCACACAAGUAGCUGAUGUUGUAGCAGCACUUGUUGAAGAAGGAUUUACUGCGGUAAAGCUGAAGGUAGCACGUCAGGGGAGUCCCUUGCACGAUGCUGCAGUUAUACAGGCGGUAAGAAAGAAAGUUGGGUACCAGAUUCAAGUUCGUGCAGAUGCCAAUCGGAACUGGACAUAUAAAGAAGCCAUCCAGUUUGGUUCCUUGGUAAAGGAUUGUGAUCUGCAGUAUAUUGAGGAACCUGUUCAAAACGAAGGUGAUAUUGUCAAGUUCUGUGAAGAAAGCGGGUUACCCGUGGCACUGGAUGAAACUAUUGACAGUAUUAGAGAACAUCCACUUGACAAGCUAGUGAAGUACACCCAUCCAGGAAUUGUAGCUAUUGUUAUUAAACCUAGUGUUGUUGGUGGCUUUGAAAAUGCGGCAAUAAUUGCUCAGUGGGCUCAGCAGCACCAGAAAAUGGCUGUUGUUAGUGCUGCAUUUGAAAGUGGCCUAGGUUUGUCAGCAUAUAUUCAGUUUUGCUGUUAUCUCAACCUGAAAAAUUCAGAAAUCUGUGAAAUGAUGAAUUAUGAAUUGGCCCCGUCAAUAGCCCAUGGUUUAGGAACAUACCGCUGGCUAAAAGAAGAUGUAACAACCACUCCUCUCAAGAUAGGUUGUAAUCCAGUCAGUGGCUUCGUAGAAGCAUCUGUUGCUGAUGCUGAUCAAGUUCUUCAAAAAUUUCAAAUAAAUGGCAAUGUAGUUCAUAGAAAUUUUACUGGAGAGCAAGUCCGCGUAUUCCAGCUUACUGUAGAUUCAAAGGCUUUCUCUUAUUCCAUCAUAGUCCACGAGAUUGGAGAAAGAUACAAUGAAAAUGUUUUUGUAUUUCUUCAUGGGUUUCUUGGAACUGGUGAAGAUUGGAUUGCUAUGAUGAAGGCGAUUUCAGGAUGUGCAAGAUGCAUUUCGAUUGACCUUCCUGGUCAUGGUGGAACAAAGAUACAGAACCAUGGUGAUAACGAUGCUGUACAGGAUUCAGGUUUGUCAAUUGAGGUUGUUGCCGAUCUUUUAUGUGAAGUGAUUAAACAGAUUACGCCUGGAAAGGUUACUAUUGUGGGUUACUCUAUGGGAGCAAGGAUUGCACUGUACAUGGCUUUGAGGUGCACUGACAAAGUCAAUGGAGCUGUUGUAAUAUCUGGAAGCCCUGGGUUAAAAGAUGAAGUGGAUAGAAAAAUUCGUAGAGCUAAGGAUGACUCUAGAGCUCGCUUCCUUAUUGAUCACGGCUUAGAGCUCUUCCUAGACACCUGGUAUUCUGGAGAGCUGUGGAACAGCUUAAGAGUCCAUCCCCGAUUUCGUCAGAUAGUUUCCAGCCGCCUGCAUCAUGAAGAUGUGCAGAGUCUUGCAAAAGUGCUUUCCGGUUUAAGUAUUGGGAGGCAGCCGCCAUUGUGGGAAGACUUGAAGCACUGCAAAACACCCCUUUUGCUAAUUGUUGGAGAGGAGGAUAAAAAGUUCAAGGCGAUAGCUAAGGAUAUGUCCUCUCAAAUUGCUGGUGGCACGGCUAGUGGAGACGGCCCUCCUCAUGACAUCUAUGAGAUAGUUGAGAUUCCAGAUUGCGGACAUGCUGCUCAUCUGGAGAACCCUCUCCCUGUAAUCAGCACAUUGAGACGAUUUUUGGGGAGAGUGAACUCGAAUUUGAUUCAAAACCAGAAGACAAUUUAGAGAUGUUACUAUCUUCGCUCUUUUACGCAUUUGCUUUGUGAUGGAUACAUUGGGGAUGUCCAUAAAUACAUAAAUCGUGGCAGUCACACAGAAGCAUAGCAACGAAUAUUGCCGACUUGCUGUCUAUCUAAGCAACUGCAUUUUCCAUCGCUACAUGAUGCUGUCGCCAACGCACUUCAUUUUACCUUCACGGCUAGUCAAACAUCGGCCUGUUUCCGGUGACUGGACGAUUUCUGGUGCUGGCUCAGAGCCACCCAAAAACUCUGCAUGUGUAUUUGAUGUCAAGGCAAAUUACUGUGCCUGAAGAUCUAGAGCGUUCGGUUUUGUUGCACCGAGCGUCGGAAGAACAUCGUUUUUUAACCAAACUGCUGGAUUCACUCAAGAACUCUUGUUCUUGGAUUGUAAUCCUCAUUGUGUUGAAUUAUCAAUAUAUCGUUGCAUUUAAGGAGGGGGUUUUAAUAGAAAAUUCGUCACAAAACAUUUUUCAUUAAAC